UUUUUUUUUUUUUAUACAUCAACAAAAAAAUGAAUUAUAAUCACCGUCUUUCUCUUAUUCCUGAUAACAAGGAUCAAUCCUCUUUGGAAUCUGCCGUCCAAUACCUUUCAGCUGCUUGUAUCGCCCAAUGGGUUCAACAAAGACCAAGUGCAAAAGCCAUGUUGACUUUAGAUGGUGGAGACACUGUAAAUUUGCCGGUCUAUGCUCUUAGACGCCGAAAUGCAGUGGUUGCUAACUUACCUGACGCUCCUCUUCUUGGAAUUACUGCAUAAUCUUACCUUUCCCUUUUCUCAAACAUAUCUUCACACUUCACACAUAUACAUAUUCACACUUCACACACACACACUUCACACUUCACACACACACACACACACACUUAUAGAUGUUUAUACCUUAGAUUGCAUUUUGUUUCCUUGUUUCUUAAAAAAAUAAAUAAAAAAAGGUUCCCUUUUAUUUUCA